AGUGGAAGCCAGUACCGCUGUGACCAGCAUGGAGUGUGGAAGUCCCUGUACCACCCUCAGAUUUUUGGUGGUAGUAAGCUUAUUGGUGUUGGGCGUGGGGAGUGUGGGCGUGGAGAGCUAUAUGGGCGUGGCAGGUGCGCUUGUUAGGGGAAACCGGAUGACCAUGGUUAAGGAGAACAAGACGGGCGUCGAUGAGAAACCCGGUCUGGACAAACAGGGAGCAGCUACUGAGGAAUAUCAGGAUUCCCAGGCACUCCUGAUGGCUUUGCUGAGGCUGGAGAAGGCUCUCAGUGGCACUCGGGGAUGCGACACCAGACUACAGGACCUCUGGAGAGAUAUCACCAUCCAGAGAGUAGCGCUGAAAGGUUUGGAACACGAUAUAUUCCGCAAGAUGGACCUGUACGCCAAGGUCCAGCUCAAAGAUCCGUCAGCUGUGGAGUGCCCGGAACCCUUCGAAGUGGCCGGGGGCGGGUGCUUCUACCACCCACACGGGGUCAAAAAGACGUGGUCAGCGGCGAGGUUCUCUUGCGCCAGGCUCGGAGGGGACCUGGCCUACCCCACCAACAUAUCCAAGUUUAGGAAAUACGUUAAGACCAUUUCAUCUGGAGGUUGGGGUUUCUUCUUCCUGGGGGGUAAAGCGGACCCUAAACAAGACUUUCCAGUGUACCAGUGGAUCGACGGCAGGAAAAUAGUUAGCGAGAGGGAGCAAAUGGCUUCCGAACUCAUAGCCUUCGGCAGCGACUACUGCGUGGUCAUGGAGGCUUACAACUGGUUCGAGAUCAAACCCAAGAACUGCGAGACGUCCAGGAGGUGGUACAUAUGCGAGAUCAAGGUGAAGAACAUGUCUUAGUAGUUGGAGAGAAGUAGAUUGUAUUCCCUAAUUAGUAGUUUUUAAAUAAACAAGAGCUUUGUU